AUGAAAGUUACUAUCAGAUUAUCUACCGAAUCAUCCUUUUCCGUGACUAUCCCAGACAAUGCGACAGUUGAUGAUUUGAAACAGUCUAUCAAAGUUGGCUUACCAGCAGAUAUAACAUUGCCACCUGAUUUUAAAGUGAUUUAUAACGGCUCGAAAUUACAGCCAUACUAUGCUGAGUUGCAAUCCUUUGGGAUGCAAUCCGCUGAAGAUAGCUCUUACACAGUUAUUGUGAUGUCGGAUAAUGUGGAUACACCACCAAUAACUCCACAACAGUCCAUAGAGUCUUCUGCAACAUCCAACAACUCGACCACCACCACCACCACUGCUACCACCAUCAAAAAGACCAAGAAAAAAAGUAGGUGUGCUUUCCACAACUGUAAUUCUGUACCAUUAAGAAUGGUAGGAACUUGUACCCAUUGCCAGGGCAAAUUUUGUGCUAAGCACAGAUUAUUGGAAGACCAUAUGUGCACGGGAUUACAAUACUGCAAAGACAAUGCUCAUGAAAAGAAUGCCAUGAAAUUACAAAGCGAGCGUACCAUUGUCAAUAGAGUAUAA